GGCCGGGCCCCAAAGGCUCGGUGCUGCCCGGUCCCAGAGGCUCCUGGCCGGUCGGAGGCAUGGACUGCGGCGUGAUCACCUCCAAGACCGUGCUGCUGCUGCUCAGCCUCGCCUUCUGGGCGGCGGCAGCUGGUCUCAGCUAUGUCGGGGGCUACGUGAUGAACACCUACAGGAGCUACGACAACUUCCUGCAGGACAAAUACGCUCUGCUGCCAGCCGUCAUCAUCCUUUGCGUGGCUGCCGUCAUGUUCAUCAUCGGGCUGCUCGGCUGCUGCGCCACCUUCCGGGAGUCUCGGGUCGGCCUGGGGCUGUUCUUGGCCAUUAUCCUCAUCAUCUUCAUCGCCGAAGUCUCCGCUUUUGUCCUGGCGUUUGUUUACAGGGAAAAGGUAAAAACUGACGUCCAAGGCACAAUGCGUUCAGUCUUUGAGAAGUAUGACGGGAAGAACUCCGAGUCUGCUGUGGUGGAUUACUUGCAAGAAAACCUUCAUUGCUGCGGGGUAAAGAACUACAGCGACUGGACAAGCACGCAGUGGUUUAAUUCCACUGGGAAUAACAGCGUCCCCCUGAGCUGCUGCAAGCCAAAUCUGAAGAACUGCACGGGGAGUCUGGAUCAGCCACAGGACCUCAACACGCAGGGCUGUUCAGGGGAGCUGGAGUCCGGGCUGCAGAGCGUCAUCAGCUACGCUAUGCUUGUAAUCCUGGGCUUUGCCAUUGUAAAGUUCUUUGGCAUGCUGAGUGUCUGCGUGCUUACUUGCAGGCGAGAAGACAGCGGGUAUCAGCCUCUUUACUCGGGGGUGUUCGCUUAAGAAAACGCAAAGAUCGCUCUUCUUUUGCUUCCUGAUGGUGAAACAGAUUUGGAAAGAUGAACGCUAAAGGACAAUUUACGACCUUGCUAAAUGUUUUGCUUUAAUUACGUGCAACGGAAAGAACAGUUCGUACUGAUUAGGAAAAGUUUCUUGUGGGUGACUUGAAGUGGCAGUAACUUAACCCUGCUCGUACAUACCACAGCUUUCGGUCACGUUGUUGUGGAUUCGGAUUUGUGACUUUUUCUAGGUAGCAACAGAUGGCGUAAUAGGCUCCAGAAAGAAGCCUGCUUCUGCAGUUCUUCCCUGUUCCCUCAAAACGAGCAGGAGAAACGUUAUUUUUAAUCGCUACACUGACUGAGGCUGCGGGAGCAGAUUCAGUUGCCUGCACAAACAUCACAUGCGCUUAACCGGCGUAAGAAACUCCCGAACGCAAGGUUCAAAUAUUCUUCAUAAGCACGGGGAGAUGGGAUAUGUUUUCUCUGCAUCUGAUGGUGGUUCAAUUUUUCCUCCUUGUAAUGGUCAUACGUUGUAAUUCAGUUUCAAAUGUGAACAAUCCCAGGCCAGGAGGGGAUGUGCGUCUGGGACAUGUCUUCUUUUGGUUCAUUUUGCCUUUUUGUUUUUAAUUUGACAUUAAAAUUCGCUUAUGAAGCAGGGUUUUUUUUUUUUCUCUCUUCUGCUUUUGCUGAUGCAUUUAUGCUUUGUCUACCCAAAGACAGACCGUGUCUGCGAGAGAGAUGCAGAUGAAUACAGGAGCUGGAGGAAAAGGAUCAGCGUGGUUAUGCAGAAGGGAUGACUGGAAGGGCUAGUGCAGAGUUCUGUGUGUCACUGAACACAUCUGGCUGCUUUUCACAGCUAAAAACGUUACCAUAAUACAUUCUUGUUCCCCAUUAGCUGACCAAGCAAUGUUGUUAACCUGUUGGUCUUAUGACUGAUAGGUUUCUUCUCCUUAAAGGUCUGCUGACCACGGUCAUUUCUUGGAUUGCACCACUUCUUUAAAAAUGGUCCUUCUUUAACAUGUCUGUAUGCUAAUCCAUGUCUUGGAUCUUUAGGAUUUUUAGAGCUGUGAUGUGGGGAGGGAGAAAACUGAGCUAUUCUUGGUUAGAGAAUUAUGGAAAAGGAGCAGCAUAUUAGCAUAUUUUCUCUUUGGAGAGAUAGCAGUCUAUUCUGAGCAGCAAACCUUUGUAUCUGUAGCCAUUUAG